AACUUUUUAUUAUCUUAAUAAUAGGCAGAUGUAUGAACCUAGAAUGUUAAUACAAUAAAAAGAAAAAAAACAACAACAACAAAACGAUAUUCCUUGAGGUCAUUCAUUCACCCAUCUUGUACCGUGCCAGAAAGAGGAGUUAAGGCCAUUACUUUUACUUUACUCCGCAUCCCAGCUUUUAGAAUAAGGGGUGCAGAACCAGUUUCAUUUGUCGAAGGCCAAAAAGCCGUGAGACUGGCGAGUCAAGCAAUUACCAGCCACUUGGCCUUUUUGCAGAAAUACACAAAACGUGUAGAAUCACUUAAUUUUAUCCCCUCCUAACCUCUUCACUUGGAAAUUGGCUGCUCGGGCGAAUGUUGUUUUUCCCCCCGCAGCUAUGUGUGAAGAGCGAUUAACACUCCCUCGACAAACCCCUUCCCGGGCCAUUUGGGAGUUACACGCGUUCACACCCGGUUGAGCCCAUUGCACCUUCACGCGCAGCCUUUUUGUUUAUGCGGCUAGCCGGGCAGAGAGGGGCGGACAGGCAAGGAAUAUCUCAAUCCGGAGGCUUCUGGAGACCUUGGGUUGACACCCGAGGCGAGCAGGAGGAGGAGGCGCCGCACCACGCGGUGGAGGCGAUGCCCAAUGGCCCCGGAAUGACCGAAGCCUCUGGAAAGCUUUCCCGAUACAGACACCCGGUCAGACUAUUUUGGCCAAAAUCAAAGUGUUAUGAUUACUUAUAUCAAGAAGCAGAAGCUCUUCUGAAAAAUUUUCCAAUUCAAGCCACAAUUUCAUUUUAUGAAGAUUCUGAUAGUGAAGAUGAAAUUGAGGAACUGAUCUGUGAAAAUUAAUCUGAUUCGUUACUUUUGAUGACAUUAAAACUUUGUAGGAUUUAAAUUUAGUGUGUAAAUAUAUCAUAAUCAUUUUAAGCUAAUAUAUUUGUAUAUAAAUUAUUAAUAAAAGGAAUAUUUCAUAAUUA